AUGCGGGCAGCUCGCAUCGACCUACCCCGGACUGCUGCGUGCAAGUCGUACUUGAUUGAAGACAACCCGGAGGAUGACGAUGAGGACAAGAAGGAGGAAGCGGACGAGGAUGCCCACAACGAGGAAGCGGACGAGGAUGCCCACAACGAGGACGCCUGCUCGCAGGAAGAGGGGGAUCAAGCGGAUGAGGGCGCAGAAGCGGACCGGGAUAAUCAGGAGCUCCAAGCGGAUGAAGGCUGUGUGGCCGGAGAGGGAGAGGAAGAGGAGGAGGAGGUUGAUGAUGAGAUCGAAGAAGCAGAGGGAGAGCAGGAGGAGGAGGACCAUGCAUCUAAAUCCGAGGAGCACGCAAAGCAGCUCCUGGAGACGCCAGUACCACCUCAAGAGGCUUCUUCGGUGGCAACUCUCGGCCCCUACAUCUUUGCCUCUUGCCACGAGGACGUGCUGCACUAUCUCCAGCCUCAGUUUGUUUGCUACUGCGCCGUGGGUCAGAAGCCAAAGUUGCUACAGAACCCGAACGAAGGUCAACCGCCACGUCUUGAAGGCGUCGUUGAAGGUGACCUGAUGCCCGUCUACCAUGAGGUUAUUGGAAAUUGGCUACCUGUCGCGCCAGCCGACAGGAAGAACCCUCGUCGGAGCUUAGCUAAGGAAGCGAGCACAUGA